CACAUGCACCAAUAUCUAGGAGUCUCCAUCUCUCUCUCUCUCUCUCUCUCUCUCAAACCUGCGCAAAAUGGGCUCUCUAGAAACCGAGAAACUGGUCCAAGACUCCCUCUCCGACCACCACAAGCCUCCACCGCCACCGUCUGCCGCCACCGCUUUCCAACCGAAAGCUUCCAACAACAACCUCUUCGCGCUCCUCCUGGAGCCCAUCCAAUGGCUCCAGAUGCUAUCUGCCAACCUCAACCCGACCUUCGUCCUCGGCGUCUUCAUCGUGUACGGCCUCAACCAGGGCUUCGCCGGCUCCUUCUUCAAGGUCGUCUCCGACUUCUACUGGAAGGACGUCCAGCGAGUCAAUCCCUCCUCCGUCCAGCUCUACAGCGGCCUCUACUACAUCCCCUGGGUCAUGAAGCCCCUCUGGGGCCUCCUCACCGACGUCUUCCCCGUGAUGGGCUACCGCCGGAGGCCCUACUUCGUCGCCGCAGGGGUCCUCGGGGCGGCCUCGGCGACGGCGGUGGCGGCCGGGGGGAGGCUGCCGGUGCCUGAGGCGCUGGCGUUCCUAGUGGGGCUGACGGCCGCCGUGGCCAUCGCCGACGUGACGAUCGACGCGUGCGUGGCCCGCAACAGCAUCGAGAUGGCGGUGCUUGCGCCGGACAUGCAGAGCCUCUGCGGGCUGUGCUCGUCGGCCGGAGCGCUGAUCGGGUACUCCACCAGCGGCUUCUUCGUUCACCAUAUCGGAGCUCAGGGAGCUCUGGGGAUAUUAGCAAUCCCAUCAGCUUUGUUGAUAGUUCUUGGCUUCAUAAUUCAUGAAUCGAGAACAGACGAUCUACAUUCCGAGAAAAAGAAAAAGGCGAUGGACAAAAUCGGAGCAGCAACGAGAGGCAUGUACGAAACAAUAAGACUUCCCCAAGUAUGGAAGCCGUCUCUCUACAUGUACCUAUCUUUCUCUCUCAACAUAAGCACGCACGAAGGCCAGUUCUACUGGUACACCAAUCCAGAAGCUGGCCCCGCCUUCUCUCAGGAGUUCGUCGGCAUGGUCUACGCCGUCGGCGCGCUCGCCUCCAUGGUCGGCGUCCUCAUCUACCAGAAAACCCUCAAGGACUGCUCGUUCCGGAAGCUCCUCUUCUUCGCGCAGCUCCUGUACGGCGCCACGGGGAUGCUCGACCUCAUCUUCGUCCUGAGGUGGAACCUGGCGCUCGGGGUGCCCGACUCGUUCUUCGUCAUCGCGGAGGAGUGCGUGUCGCGGGUCGUGAGCAGGAUCAGGUGGAUGCCGAUGAUCGUGCUGAGCACCAAGCUCUGCCCCCUGGGGAUCGAAGGGACGUUCUUCGCGCUGCUCAUGUGCAUCGACAGCCUAGGGUUCCUGAGCUCCAAGAUGGGGGGAGGGCUGGUCCUUCACCUGAUGCACGUCACGAGGACGGACUUCAGGAACUUGUGGCUGGCCCUCUUGGUGAGGAACGCGCUGAGGCUGGCCACGCUGGGCCUGAUCUUUCUGGUCCCGGAGGGGGAGCAAUCCGACGUCAUCGUCACUUCCGGCGGGUUGACCAACAAGAAUGGAAGCACCGAGGACGGCGGUGGCGACGAAGAAGAAGGGUUGCAACUUGUUCCCGCGAGCGAGAAAAGCGAGGUUCAACACUAAUUAAUUUUUGUACAGAGAUUAAGGCAUCUAUGAACACUAAUUGAUAUAUUACAAUUUUUCUGGUGCAUAUCAAAUACGAUGAAAGGCCCUCUCUCGUUUAUCGAACUCU